AUGUCGUGCCAAAAUUACAAUUUGAGUUUCGCCUGGUGCAACCCGAAAAGAGAAAUCAUCCUUCCCAGCACAUUAUUUGACGCAAGUGGGAAAAUUAAGGAUGGAGAAAAGCAUGGGAAGUGGACGCGCACUUGCGACAAAUUAUACCUUUUCUCUGGCAAGCUUGGCACCUGGCAGCAGAGUUGGGACUUCUGUUGCAGUUUGGGCAUGCACCCGAUAUCGUUUAUUUCUGCGUCCGAUUUCGAGUGUUUGAGCAGCAAAACUAAAGAAAAGUGGGCGCUAAACUAUAAUUAUUGGACUGCGGGACGUGCAAUGGGCACCUGGGGAAGGUGGGCCUGGUGCCCAGGAGCCGUCUUCCUGCCCGACUCGCUUUCCUGGGCUCCGGGGCAACCAGACAAUGCUCAGCCCGAUGAGCUGUGCCUGCACGUGCAGGUGACGAAAAAUGCGAGCGGAAUACUUUUGUCGGACCGGAACUGCAGCCAUAAAUUCGUCAUGGCUUGCCAGGGUGACGCAUUGAUGGCGUCGUCUAACUGCAGCAAACCAAACUGUUUGAUGGAGUGUACUAAAAAUGCAAGAUCUUUUAAGCUUAAUUAUCUUUCAGAUCUAUAUGUUCACGGCCAGUGGAAUGCCGGUUGUGGAAAGGAUUAUCUCUUUUCAAAUGCAACUUUGGAUUGGUUGGGCGCGUGGAAAUAUUGUUGCUCCGUUGGAAUGAAACUGGCCUCAAUUGAAGCUCUUGAGGAAUUGAGUUGUCUCACGAAUAUGGUUGCGAAAUAUCCCAAAGCGGCCUACCCUUAUCAAUGUGGAAGAGAUUUCUGGACAUCUGGCACCAAUCGAGGUUGUCCAGGCGCUUACUUCUGGUGUUCAGAGAGUGAAAAAUUAAACAAGGAAGAAAUAGCCAACUGGAAAAACGGGAAAGUGCCCUCGGAGAGUGCUGAUCAGUGUAUUUUCAUCAAUUUAUCAAAUUCGACUUUGAAUGAGACUUAUUUGGGCGCUGACUCUUGUACCAAGCUAAAACCAUUUCUUUGCGAGACCUUCCAACCGGGCGCAAAAUCGGUGCAAAUCGCGCGUACUUGCAAGGAAAUUUGGGGUGUGACGGAAAAUGAAGUGAUUGACAUAAUCAUGAAUCCAAGCGGCGACGUCGUCAACCAAAGACUCAAGCUCAAAUGUUAUCUCAGGUGUUGCGGGAAAAAAGGAAACGUGAUAAAAACCGGUUCACUGGUGAUGGAUCAAAUCUUGCGCAACUUGGAGGAAUUGACGGCCGACGACCCGCAAACCAUGCAGAAUGGCUUUGAAAUCUUUGAUUCCUGCACCUCCAUUCGGUCCACUGACGAGUGCGACACGAUGGCACGAAUGUUCCAGUGUGGCAAGAAAAAUGCACCAGACCUGACUUUAGGACUCGUCACUGCCAUCAAGGGAGACGCCACUGUUUCCGCAACUGCUACAGGGGGAAUUAAAACCGGCAAUCGAGUGUGUCCUCUGUAUCCAGCAGCAAGUUGUGUACCAAAUCAAGCAAAAAUUGAUGAGCUUAAAAACACGGGAUCAUCUUUAGGGGGAAGUGCCAUGACAUUAUCGACUGGCAAAAAGUACUUUAUAAAAUUUAUCUCAGGAAUUACCGACGCUGAAGCAGAAGCAAUCUACUGCUGCACACUUGGCAGCCACCUUGCCAUUUUCGAAAGCUUAGAGGAUUUCAACGCUUUCACAAAAAAUAUUACAGAUAAUGGAGGCGUCUGGAUUUACAUUGGACCGACUUUCGACAAUGGCGAUGGCACCGACAGCUGGUGCUUGAAUUUUAAGAGGCUGCCAGCCGGAAUGAUCACAGACAUCAAUCUAUUCUAUCGCAACCAGAACUUCAACUCAACUCAAAUUUACUCGGCGAAAUCCCCCAGAUUGUUAAUUUAUUCAAAAGGAGGCUCGUGUAACAUAGUUUUAUGUGGCCCACUUCCCUACUAGAAUAUUUGAGUUUUGAUGAAAUUAUAUAUUCCAAUCGUAAAUAAUUAUUGAAAAUACUUAUAUAUAAGACACGUUUCUUUUUAUUAAAUGAGUUUGGUAAUGGUGUU